UUCUGCCCAGAACGGCGUGGGGGGGAUGAGGGGAUGCGGAGAAGGUGUGCAGGGUUGUGCCCCAGACCUCUGCUCAGUUGCAGGUGCAGCCCAGGGCAGAGGGGCCGGCCGGGGUUGCCCAGCCGCCCGCAGGGAGCCCUGCAGAGCAGCAUCUCCCGCAGCCCCCGAGAGGAGGGGGCUCGGCGCGUAGGCGGAGGUGGUUACUGGUGUUCCCAGAGCAAGGAUCGGCUUCCCGCCAAAGCCGUGACCAUGGGGGACAUGAAGACCCCCGACUUCGACGACCUGCUGGCGGCCUUCGACAUCCCCGACAUGGUGGACCCCAAGGCGGCCAUCGAGUCGGGGCACGACGAGCACGAGGGCCACGUCAAGGCCGCCGCCCACGCCGAGGACGACGGCCACGCCCCGUCCUCCUCCGACGUCGGGGUGAGCGUCAUCGUCAAGAACGUGCGCACCAUCGACGCGGCCGAGGGCGCCGACAAGGACGGCCACCACGCGGCGGGCAACGGCCUGCACAACGGCUUCCUGACGGCGGCGGCGCUCGAGGCCUACGGCAAAGAGGAGGGGAAGCCGCCGAAGGACGACGGCUCGGCCGCGGAGACGCCGCUGAAGGACUCGGCGUUCAACCAGUUCAGCCCCAUCUCCAGCGCCGAGGAAUUCGACGACGACGAGAGGAUCGAGGUGGACGACCCCCCGGACAAAGAGGACGCGCGGGGCGGUUUCAGGGCGAACGUCCUGUCGCAGCAGGAGUAUGACAAACUCAAGGGGCUGGGCGGGGAGAACUUGAUGAAAUCGGGAAUGUCGCUCUCCAAUAGUCUGGAGAAAAAUAAAGUCGCUAAACGAGAGGCGGAGACGAACUCGGUGAAUUUAAGCGUCUUCGAGCCUUUUAAAGCCCGGAAAGCGGAGGACAAGUUGCUAAAGGACGGUGCUGACAAGCUCCUGGAGAACAGAGCGCCGGACGGGAAGCCCAGUGCCGAGAAAAGCGACGCGAAUCUCGCCGGCGUUUCCCAGGCCAAAGCAAAGUCGUCGGCGAAGCUUUCCUCCUGCAUCGCCGCCAUCGCGGCGCUGAGCGCCAAAAAGGCGGCUACGGACAGCACUAAAGACUUACAGGCUAAUUCAGGGGAGUCCUCUCCCCUACCAAAAGACACAAGCGACAGCCCCCGGGCCGUUGACAAGUCGCCCGAGUCUCAGAGUCUCAUCGACGGCGCCAAGAAGCCAUCUGUCAAACCCCCCGACAGUCCCCGGAGCGUGUCGAGCGAGAACAGCAGCAAAGGGUCUCCGUCUUCCCCGGCGGGCUCCACGCCGGCAAUUCCCAAGGUUCGCAUCAAAACCAUCAAGACGUCUUCGGGGGAGAUCAAGAGAACUGUGACCAGGGUGUUGCCGGAGGUGGAUUUGGACUCCGGGAAAAAGCCGGAGCAGAGCUCGUCCAUGGUGACUUCGGUGACGUCUCUGCUGUCGUCGCCGCCAUCCGCUGCCGUGCUGUCCUCUCCUCCCAGAGCCCCUCUGCAGUCCUCGGUGGUCACCAACGCGGUCGGCUCUCCGGAACUCGCCCCCAAGCAGGUCACCAUCAAGCCCGUGGCCACGGCCUUCCUGCCCGUGUCGGCGGUGAAGACGGCGGGCUCGCAGGUGAUCAACCUGAAGCUGGCCAACAACACCACGGUGAAAGCCACCGUCAUCUCGGCGGCGUCGGUGCAGAGCGCCAGCAGCGCCAUCAUCAAAGCCGCCAACGCCAUCCAGCAGCAGACGGUGGUGGUGCCGGCGUCCAGCCUCGCCGGCGCCAAGCUCGUGCCCAAGACGGUGCACCUGGCCAACCUGAACCUGCUGCCUCAGGGCGCCCAGGCCGCCUCCGAGCUGCGCCAGGUGCUCGCCAAACCCCAGCAGCAGAUCAAGCAGGCCAUCAUCUCCGCCGCGGCCUCGCAGCCCUCCAAGAAGGUGUCUCGGGUGCAGGUGGUGUCGUCGCUGCAGAGCUCCGUGGUGGAGGCCUUCAACAAGGUGCUGAGCAGCGUCAACCCCGUGCCCGUUUACGUGCCCAACCUCAGCCCCCCCGCCAACGCCGGCAUCACGCUGCCCACGCGAGGCUACAAGUGCCUGGAGUGCGGCGACUCGUUCGCCCUGGAGAAGAGCCUGAGCCAGCACUACGACCGCAGGAGCGUGCGGAUCGAGGUCACCUGCAACCACUGCACCAAGAACCUGGUGUUCUACAACAAGUGCAGCCUGCUGUCGCACGCCCGCGGCCACAAGGAGAAGGGCGUGGUGAUGCAGUGUUCCCACCUGAUCCUGAAGCCCGUGCCGGCGGAUCAGAUGCUGGCGGCUCCUCCCGGCAACGCCGCGCCGCAGAGCCCGGCGGGAUCCCUGGCGAAGGUGCAGCCCGGCGUGACGGGGACGGUGAUCUCCGCCCCGGCCAGCUCUCCCGUCGUCCCGGCCAUGCCGCUGGACGAAGAUCCCUCCAGACUCUGUAGGCACAGCCUGAAGUGCUUGGAGUGCAGCGAAGUUUUCCAGGAGGAGACGUCUCUUGCCACUCAUUUCCAGCAGGCCGCGGACGCGAGCGGACAAAAGACGUGCCCCAUCUGCCAGAUGCUGCUCCCCAACCAGUGCAGCUUCGCGUCGCACCAGCGGAUCCACCAGCACAAAUCCCCCUACACGUGCCCCGAGUGCGGAGCCAUCUGCAGGUCCGUCCACUUCCAGACCCACGUCACCAAGAACUGCCUGCACUACACCCGCAGGGUGGGCUUUCGCUGCCUGCACUGCAACGUCGUCUACUCCGACGUGGCGGCCCUCAAGUCUCACAUCCAGGGCUGUCACUGCGAGGUCUUCUACAAGUGUCCCAUCUGCCCCAUGGCCUUUAAAUCGGCGCCCAGCACCCACUCCCACGCCUACACCCAGCACCCCGGCAUCAAGAUCGGCGAGCCAAAAAUAAUAUAUAAAUGCUCUAUGUGUGACACUGUGUUUACUCUGCAACCUUUGCUCUAUCGCCACUUUGAUCAGCACGUUGAGAACCAGAAGGUGUCUGUUUUCAAGUGUCCCGACUGUUCCCUUCUCUAUGCCCAGAAACAGCUCAUGAUGGACCACAUCAAGUCUAUGCACGGAACUCUGAAAAGUGUGGAGGGGCCGCCGAACCUGGGGAUCAAUCUGCCUCUCAGCACCAAACCCCCCCCUCAGAACUCAGCCGGUCACAACAAGGACGACCCAAAGUCCGUCAAUGGGAUGGAGAGGCUGGAGAAGAAAUCUCCUUCUCCCAUCAAGAGAGCAGAGCCCAAAAAAGUGGCCAGCCCCGGCUGGACGUGUUGGGAGUGCGACAGGCUCUUCACGCAGAGAGACGUUUACAUCUCCCACAUGAGGAAAGAGCACGGCAAGCAAAUGAAGAAGCACCCGUGCCGCCAGUGCGACAAAUCCUUCAGCUCCUCGCACAGCUUGUGCCGGCACAACCGCAUCAAGCACAAAGGCAUCCGCAAGGUUUACACCUGCUCGCACUGCCCGGAUUCCAGGCGUACCUUCACCAAGAGGCUGAUGUUGGAGAAGCACAUCCAGCUGAUGCACGGCAUCAAAGACCCCGACGUGAAGGAGAUGGCCGAGGCCGCCAGCGCAGAAGAGAGGGAGGUCAAAGAAGACACCAAGGUUCCCAGCCCCAAGCGUAAAUUGGAAGAGCCCGUCCUGGAGUUCCGGCCCCCAGGCGCCAUCACCCAACCCUUGAAGAAGCUGAAGAUCAACGUCUUCAAGGUCCACAAGUGCGCCGUGUGCGGCUUCACCACCGAGAACCUCCUGCAGUUCCACGAGCACAUCCCCCAGCACAAAUCGGACGGCUCGUCCUACCAGUGCCGCGAGUGCGGGCUCUGCUACACGUCCCACGUCUCGCUGUCCCGCCACCUGUUCAUCGUGCACAAGCUGAAGGAGCCCCAGCCCGCCGCCAAGCAGAACGGGGCGGGCGAGGAGGAGGAGGAGAACCAGCAGGAGAACAAACCCCACGCCCAGGGGGGAGCCGCGGGCGGCGCCGGCGCCGCCUCCGAGCGGCGCUGCAAGGUGUGCGCCAAGGCUUUCGAGACCGAGGCGGCCCUCAACACCCACAUGAGGACGCACGGCAUGGCCUUCAUCAAGUCCAAACGGAUGAGCUCGGCCGACAAGUGACGGCAGGGCUCGGGAAUGCCGAGGAUGGAUUUAUUUUGGGGGGGGGGUGAUGAAAAAUCAAGCUGGUAACAAGCAGCGUUGCGAUAUAUCCUGCCCAACAGCGUCCCCCUCCUUCGCCCGGUCGUGGAUGCCCUCACCGUUGGAGCAGUGUUUGGGUUGUAAAAGAGUUUGUACAUAUUUACACUGAGAAGUUUUGAUACUCUUUGGUAUGUGUUUGUAUCGGUAUCUAGCGGAGGGGGGGGAAUUUGGUUGGUUGGGUUUUUUUCCCCUGUUUGGUUUCGGUUCUUUUUUGUUUCUUUUAAUGCUGGGGCAGCUCUGUAGGUUCCCCUUAAGCUGUUUUUUGUUUUGUUUUGUUUUUUUGGAACACUUCUGGAAGAAAAGGUGAGCUGAUGGAAGUGCUUGGAGGGGAGAAGGGAAGGGAAGCGAGCUCAGAUUUUCAAUUCUCUUUAAAUUCCGUGCUUCUAAAUGCCUCUGGAAGCUUUUAAUCUCUCUCUUCCAAAAGAUAUAUAUAUUAAAAAGAAGCAGCACCACUGCAGGUGUAAAAUGACCCCCUAGAGUGGUAACAAAAAAAUAAUAAUAAAAAAAACCACGAUACUUUCCCAAAAAGUACAAUUGCACAACUCUAUCAUGGAUAAUAAAGCGAUAGUUUGGUUCUUAGCUCAUCAGGUGCUCGUGCUCGAAGCUCAGAGCGUUACAAAAGGACUGGGCCGCUCGGGAUUUACCCCCUCGGAUGGUAAAUUAGAGGCGUGGGUUUCUAAUGACGGUGUCUUUUUUGCCCUGUAAUUUAUUCUCUCUCCUCCUCUUUGCUUGCAAACAAUUUCACCCUCGGCUGCGGGCUCUGCCAGCCCUGCAGGCUGCUGAUGCCAAAACCUUCUGGUGCUCGGUGUCCCGACUGUGAAGAAGCCAAGGCCCAGCUGGGAGCGUGACAAUGGGGACAAGCCCUCGGGAGAGCCAUUUACCACCCGCCUGGUGCCCCUGGUUUCGCUUGCACAACUCCCACACACACACACACACACCAAAAUAAAACAAAAAAAAAGGUACCAUCCUGUCCCUUUUCUGAUCGAGUUCUCGGUGAGAGUCUAUUUUUAUUUUUUCGGUUGGGUUUUUUGGCCUUUUAUAACCUUGUACGUUAAUCCCUCCAGGAAAAGGCUUUUGUACUUUUUUUUUUAAAAAACACAAAAAACAACCAAAAAAAACCACAAAAAAAAAGGAAAAGUGUAUAUAUAUAUAGGUAGGUGCAUGAGAAGAGGUAGUGAUUGAUUGUUGGGGUUCCUUAACGAGUCUUGCUGCUGUCUGAUGUUGCUACACACACCACGUCCGUUAACGACUUGUAUCAAACACACAUUUCACGUGUAAAUAAAGGUGGAGCGUUUUGCCCCGGAAAGGU